UUCCGCUCUGUGUUUAACUUCCGGUAGAAAGAUAGGACUCUCAUUGACUAAUUCCUCACUAAAUGGUCACGCUGCAGAGAAGAUUACAGUUAAAAGCAUAAAGUCCAUUCUCUUUUCUCUAUAGUUCCCUUUCGUGCGUAGUCAAUUCGUCCCCACCUCCUGUGCUGAUAACUCUUGUAGCUCGAAAUGUCAAGCACUGGCGCAACUCCGUUUCCAUUUAUUCGGCGCUUCUUGUCACCGCUAACUCGUCUGCGGUGAAUAUGUACCGCCUCCGACGACGACUGAGCAGCGUAGGUCAUCUUUGCCAUCCGUUUCUUCCUCUUCCUUCAUCUCCUGAUUCAGUUGACUGGGCGGAUUUGGCCAUCAUUGAUCUCUCCAAGGCGGACACUCUCGAAGGACGCAAAGCCCUCGCAGAUGAAGUUGUCCAAGCCAUGAAUACUCAAGGAUUCUUCUACGUUGUCAAUCACGGGUAUACGGUUGAACAGACGCGGAGAACGUUCAGUAUCGCUUCAUCUACAUUUGAUGACGUUGAUAACGAAGAGAAAAAGAUGUAUAUGGGCAAGUCUCCUGCAGUAUACGAAGGUUACAAACCUAGACAGACAUGGCAAAUUGAGCAGGGUGUUACAGAUCAAAUCGAGCACUACAACAUCAAUCAUGACGUUCGUAAUCGAAUGCAUCCUGGCGCAUUGCGCCCACAUCUAGACGAGAUCGAGAAGUUCUCUCGCCACAAUCACACACACAUCCUCUUUACAAUUCUCCGUCUUAUGGCCAUGGGCAUGCAACUACCCGAAGACACAUUCGUUGAUAUGCACCGAUUCGAAGCUCCUGGGGAAAGUUCCGUAAGGUUCAUGAAAUACUAUCCGCGGUCUCCGGAAGAAGAACUUCAAACGAAAAAUGUUUGGCUCAAAGGUCACACUGAUAUUGGAAGUAUUACAAUCCUGUGGAGUCAACCCAUCUCCGGCCUUCAGAUCCUUUCGCCUGACGGAGUGUGGCGAUAUAUCAGGCAUGUCGAGAAUGCUCUAGUGGUGAAUUCGGGGGAUGUGAUGCAAUUGCUCUCAGGCAACUUUUAUAAGCCUACUAUUCACCGCGUUAUUCAGCCACCCAAAGAUCAAGAGCACAUGGAACGGCUUGGAGUCUUUUACUUCGCUAUGGCGGCGGAUGAUGUCAAGCUUGCGUCUGUUCGUGCAGGUGCUGCAUCGGAGUCGGAAAAGGCGCAUGCUCCGACAAUGAGUGAUUGGAGGAAAGAGAGGACGGAAAGAUACGGAACGGGUUCCAUGAAACCCAGUUCCAAGGAGGAGAAGGUUGAGGAAGAAGUCAUCCUUGGUGUAGUGGUCAAAGAGUACAACUGAAUUUUUUUCACACUAUCUUCGGAACCCAAAUGGCCUGUACAUGUCAAAAAUCCAU